UUGCGGCGCUGGCAAAUAAAAUAAUCUCUUUGGCAUACCAUAUAUCUUUUUUGUAGUGGAUAUCAUUGGCGAUGCGCUUUUAACUGUGCUAUAGUAAGAGCUAGGAUCAGGCAGCAUUUUGUUACCCGCGUCAGCAUCUGAAAAGGACUUCACAGCAGUAUUAUAUCUACAGCCACAUUUUUGAUUUACUCACCAUCUCUAUUUCUGUCUAUUGAGCAAGUUUAUCCGAAGAAGAAAGCCUUUCCGCACCAUGGUCGAGGGUCAGACAGCCGUGCAACAGCAACAACCAUCCGGCGGGGGCAAUGCUAGCGGCGUUGGAAGCACCACCGGAUCCGGCGGGGGACCGACUCCUGCCAACAAUGUGACCAAUAGCCAGGCUCAAACGAAUGGAGGUACAACUGCGGUAACGACUGCGGCAUCGGGCACUGGAUCCACAACAAAUACGACCGGCCAGGCCACUGCUAACAAUGCGUCGAACAACAGCAACAAUAGUAACAACAACAAUAACAACGCCACGGCAAACAACAACAAUAAUGAACCAGACCCCAAGACCAAUUUGAUUGUGAAUUACUUGCCUCAGACAAUGUCGCAGGACGAGAUUCGUUCGUUGUUCGUCAGUUUCGGUGAGGUAGAAAGCUGCAAGUUAAUACGCGACAAAGUUACAGGUCAAAGUCUGGGAUACGGUUUCGUCAACUACGUUAAGCAAGAAGACGCCGAAAAGGCAAUCAAUGCGUUGAAUGGCCUGCGGCUGCAGAACAAAACCAUCAAGGUCUCCAUUGCACGACCCAGCUCCGAGAGCAUCAAGGGUGCCAAUCUCUAUGUAUCGGGUCUUCCAAAAAAUAUGACACAGUCGGAUUUGGAAUCAUUGUUCAGUCCAUACGGCAAGAUCAUAACCUCGCGUAUUCUUUGUGAUAAUAUCACUGGUCUCUCCAAGGGCGUUGGCUUUAUACGCUUUGAUCAGCGAUUUGAGGCCGACCGGGCCAUUAAGGAGCUAAACGGCACAACUCCGAAGAAUUCCACCGAACCGAUAACCGUUAAGUUCGCCAACAAUCCUAGCAGCAAUAAGAACAGCAUGCAGCCGUUGGCAGCCUACAUAGCGCCCCAAAACACGCGGGGCGGUCGAGCAUUUCCGGCCAAUGCUGCAGCCGGAGCGGCAGCCGCCGCCGCUGCAGCUGCGAUUCACCCCAACGCGGGCCGUUACAGCUCUGUAAUUUCGCGCUACUCACCGUUGACCAGCGACCUGAUCACCAAUGGCAUGAUCCAAGGCAACACCAUUGCAAGCUCCGGCUGGUGCAUUUUCGUCUACAACCUAGCGCCCGAGACCGAGGAGAAUGUGCUGUGGCAGCUGUUUGGGCCAUUUGGGGCAGUGCAGUCAGUCAAGGUUAUUCGUGAUCUACAGAGCAACAAGUGCAAGGGCUUUGGCUUUGUCACCAUGACAAACUACGAAGAAGCGGUCCUGGCUAUUCAGUCCCUAAACGGCUACACACUUGGCAACCGGGUGCUUCAGGUCAGCUUCAAGACCAACAAGAACAAGCAAACGUAAUUAUUAUCCAAGUUGGCUGCUGUUGUCAAUGCCAAUGCGGCGGCGGCGGCUUUCGCGGCCAAUGGUAUAGUCCUCCACAAUCAUCACCACCACAGCAAUAUCGGAAGCAUCAACAACAAUAAUAACGGCAGCAAUGGCUGCAACACAGCAGCCUAUCAACUUGGCAAAUACUUUAACCACAGCAACAACAGGCAGCACAACAUCAACAUAAACACUAGCAAUACCAGCAAACAGAAGCAAGCGAACUUGAGCAACAAGCAACAAUCAAUGGCGCCACCUAAGAGAUUAGCUAGCAUCACUGCAGCAACAACAGGAGAUGUGGCGGCGGUCACAACAGCCACACACAACAGAAGCAGUAGUCCCUCACUGUCCAGUGGCGAUGCAGGAGCCUCUGCCACCGCCGCAUCCUCCUCGUCGUCGUCGAGCAACAUACUAAAAACAUCCACGAAAUUCAUUUACAACAAGCCGCAGAAUCAGUACGAGUUGCUGCAGCAACAGCUGCAACUGCAACAGGAGUUCGCCCAGUUCUUGACAAAUGUGGCCAACAGCGCCGCAACACCACCCAGCAACAGCUCAACCGGCUCGGGAAAUCAGCGCAAUGGAGGAGGAACCAUCGGCAUGGGUCUGGGAAUGACGGCCAACCAUUCAAGCGGUGGUGGUUCGGGCAACAAAAACAGUAACAGCAGCAAUGGCUAUAUGCCCACCUGGUCUAAUUGGUUCUUUUAAACUUUAUUUUCGUUAGUCAUCAGCCCACUUCAUUGAUUCUUUGUAGAUUUAGGCAACGAUUUUUCAGUUUUGCUUAUUUGCACUAAGUUUGAAGGAUCGCAAAACCCUUCGAAUCGGCAAAAAAAUGGAAUGGUUAAUUUUUGGAGUUUUUUUAUUUUGUUUGCCAGUGAAUUAUAAGUAACUAUCACUUAAAAAAAUAAGUUUAUUUUUUUGAUUAAGUUUUGAAGAACAGUUUUUUUAAUUUUUGCAUAUAUGUUUUAUUGAUCAUAGAUUGAAUUAAAUUUGUAAAACUUAACUUUUCGUUGAACUUUUAAAACGUCUAGUCGACUCUCGCAAAGAGAAAAGCUUCCAGAAAGAGAAGAAAAGGUAAAGCUGUAGUUAAGUUUUUGUUUGAUAUGUAGAACAAAAAGAGCAUACUCUACGGAUAUUUUUAAACAGAGAAUAACACAUACAAAUGGCAGGCAUAGAAGCCCCAAUCCACCAAAGAAUAAAAAAAUAAAAAACUUGACAAAUAUUUAAGCUAUAAAUAAAUGUAUAAAAUGAGAUACGAAAACAGAACUGAAUGCGUAAACAGAUAGAAGCGUUUGGCUUAUAGGCAAACCACUUUGCAAACAGACAAUGCAAAAUGAGGAGGAAAGCUAGAUGCGAACAACCAAACAUAGCAAAACAAAUAAGACACACACGUGUUUAUGUUUUAUAAAUUUAAUGUAUAACUUUUGCUAAAAAUAAAUGAUGUAUGCAUAAUAUUACAAUUAAA